GUGAUGAGGCUGCAAUCAACAAAAAACUUCCCAAAGAACUGCUGCUUCGGUUCAUGGAAUAUGGAGUUGUGGAAUCCUGUUCUAGCUGAGGAAUGCUCUGAGGAAUUCCAACCUCACUGUUGGCAAGAAGAAGCUGCAUCCUCAUCGUCAUCAGUUCAUUGCAGCUCUGGGGUGUGUAACUAAACAAUGCCUGCAGAGUCUCUAAGCUGCUCUAGCUUGCCUAAAAGGGCAUUCCUACUGAGCUUUUAGGCAGCUUUCAGUGCUGUUUUUAGUCCUUGAAAUAUCCUUGGAAAGUUUGCAUGGAUUUCUUAACCCAAAGAGAUCUGCCUAUCCCUGGAGAUACAACGCAAAUGAACCCUAUCAUAAACCACCUGAGAGCAUACGGAUGCAUUUAAAUUAAUGACUAGAGCAUCCUUGCUGUUUCUCGAUUUUCAUACUUGUUGAAGCUUUUCUGAGGGAUUAGGUGUAGGAUAGAUUUCUAGUACUGUAUCCAGGUGCAUUUAGGGCAGGCAUCCCCAAACUUUGGCCCUCCAGAUGUUUUGGCCUACAACUCCCAUGAUCUCUUGCUAACAGGACCAGUGGUCAGGGAUUAUGGGAAUUGUAGUCCAAAACAUCUGGAGGGCCAAAGUUUGGGGAUGCCUGAUUUAGGGAGAGAAGAUGCAGAUAUAAAUCCCAGAAAAAAGGAAUGCGUUCAAAAGGAAGUAGUGUUACCAACGUGUUGCAGUUGUGGUCUGUAUCGUAAAUGCUGCAUAGCGUUUUAAGAGAUUAAAGGAAGGGCUGUUCGUGUGCCAUAGCACUGCAGGAGCACAGAAAAGGUGCAGAAUGGGUUCCAGUUUCCUGAGAUUUUUCCACUUUCAAAUUUAAGAGUGGCUAGCCCUUAAACAGAGAAGAUGUAUUUGAAAAUGGAUGGGCAGUGCUUGCUGAAAACUCAAUACAGUCAAGUGUUCCACAAAGACAGCCUACAUUUUAGUUGCAUCCAAGUGCCAUUCAGUGAUAAAGGCAAGAGUCCUGCAAGGGUCUGAGUACAUCAUAUCUCUGUCUGCCUCUCUUUUCAUCCCCAACCACAUUUAAAAUCUCUGUUUUAUUCUUGCUAUGUGGUGUUCAUACUACUAUUUUUUUAUUAGUUUUACUUUACUUUUUUAAUUUAACUGCAUUUUUAACAAAACGUGUCAGUAUUGACAAGGAUUGUUUGAGCUCAUAAAUAUUGCUAUUAGACAUAAUGUGUGAAAUAGUGUGAUAGAAUUCAUUGCCAUUAUUUUAAACAGUAAAGUGAUUUUGCUGUUUGUAGUAAGUGUGUCUCUUAAUUCUAGUUGUCAUAUAAUAAGGAAUUAACCCUAAUAGAGAAACAACACAUAUUUGAUUAUUUGCUGUUAUUCCAAGAAUCAAAUCUUUGUUACCGUUCUAGUAGAUGAGUGCUUUAGGUAUUUGACUGGUCAAAUCGCUACAUAUUUUUUGACUGGUCAAAUGUUAAAUCCUAUUCCACUUUUAAUUUUUCAGGGCUGAGCCCAGGCACUGGAAACAGGCUACAAGACCAAAUAUGCCAAUUAUUGCUAAACAAUUUGGGAGGAGAAUCUCAUGUGCAUGACCCAAUGUUUAGUUAUUUGUAUGUAUGUGUUUGUUAACAGAAUAUUCUCCUUCCUGGAUGUGGUCACGCUAUGCCGUUGCGCUCAGGUCUCCAGGGCGUGGAAUGUCCUGGCCCUGGAUGGCAGCAACUGGCAACGCAUUGACCUGUUUGAUUUCCAGAGGGACAUAGAGGGGCGUGUAGUGGAGAAUAUUUCUAAAAGAUGUGGGGGUUUCUUACGAAAGCUGAGCCUUCGUGGAUGCCUAGGUGUGGGAGACAACGCAUUAAGGAUAUUCGCACAGAACUGCAGAAAUAUUGAAGUGCUGAACUUGAAUGGCUGCACCAAGAUUACAGAUGCGACAUGUACUAGCCUUAGUAAGUUCUGCUCCAAACUCCGACAUCUUGAUCUAGCUUCCUGCACUUCAAUAACCAACCUGUCCCUCAAAGCACUGAGCGAGGGAUGCCCUCUACUGGAGCAGCUCAAUAUAUCAUGGUGUGACCAAGUGACAAAAGAUGGCAUCCAAGCUUUGGUGAGAGGCUGCGGUGGACUCAAAGCUCUGUUUCUUAAAGGCUGCACGCAGUUGGAGGAUGAAGCUCUCAAAUACAUUGGGGCACACUGUCCUGAACUGGUGACUUUGAAUUUGCAGACCUGCUUGCAAAUAACAGACGAUGGCCUCAUUACAAUAUGUAGAGGGUGCCACAAGUUACAGUCUCUGUGCGCCUCUGGCUGUUCCAACAUCACCGACGCCAUCUUGAAUGCUUUAGGGCAAAACUGUCCAAGGCUUAGAAUAUUGGAAGUGGCUCGGUGUUCUCAGCUCACUGAUGUGGGGUUUACCACGCUGGCUCGGAAUUGUCAUGAGCUUGAAAAAAUGGACCUGGAGGAGUGCGUUCAGAUAACAGACAGCACAUUAAUCCAGCUCUCCAUACAUUGUCCACGGCUUCAGGUUUUGAGUUUAUCGCACUGUGAGCUGAUCACUGACGAUGGGAUUCGCCACCUGGGCAACGGUGCCUGCGCCCAUGACCGCCUGGAGGUGAUUGAGCUGGACAACUGCCCUUUGAUUACAGACGCCUCCUUGGAGCACCUCAAGAGCUGCCACAGCCUGGAGAGGAUAGAGUUGUACGACUGUCAACAGAUUUCACGGGCUGGAAUCAAGAGACUCAGGACCCACUUACCCAAUAUUAAAGUCCACGCCUACUUCGCACCCGUGACCCCACCACCAUCUGUGGGGGGCAGCAGACAGCGCUUCUGCAGAUGUUGCAUCAUCCUAUGACGCGGGAGCCAAUCUACCUUGUGCAAAACAAAAACUGAGUAUUUAAAUUACCCUUCUAGAAGUAACAGUGGACACCAGUAUCUCCACACGACAAAAGUGAUGCCGGUGGUCUCUCGCAAGGGCCUUUCGAAAAGAAAGCAAAGCAGGGGGAGCUGGUCGCAGAAGUUUCUUCCCCAUUUUGCCCCAUAAGCCACACACAGAAACACACACACACUGCAGUAUAUACACCCACUCACACCUACUUGUUCCAGCAAACUGAAGGACCUUGGAGUUUAGGAGCUGGAUCAGUGGGCUCCUUCUCUCUCUCUCUCUCCCUUUUUUUCUCUUGUAGGUGGAUUGGUAUUAUUAUGAACCAUUCCUACUGGGCAUGCUCAGAAGAAAUCAUGGGGAGGUGGGUGGGAGAGAAAGUGGGGAGGUAGGGGAUCAUCACGCACAUCUGAAGAACUGCUGUUGCUUGGGGAGGGCGGGAAGGGAGAGGGUUGUUCUUUUGACAUUGGAAACAGCAAACUGGACAAACCCUUCAAUGCAAGUGUGGAAGCAGCGGUGAUAACCAAGGAAGGGAACAAAAUAAGACGCUGAAUCUUCAACACCCCACUGUCCAGAGAGGAGAAAAACGUAAAACCUUUAAAAGCCCAUGGUUAUAUUUUUUACUUUUUAAAAAUCAUCACCCUUGUGUUAGGGAAUGUUGAAACAGCAGCCAUUGUGAGACAUUGAUUCCUGCGCUUCUGUACUUCCUCGUUUUCUGUGCCGGCACAUCCACUGAGCAUGCUCAUGUUGAAGGUUCAGCGGUUUCUCUUCCGUGUUUCCAUAGCAUUUGGCUCAGAGGCUUCCUAGAUUGUUGUGACGAUAAAGCUAGAAAUCUGUAACGUCAGGUCUGAUUAAUUUUCUUUUGGUUUUUUCCCCUCCCUCUUCCUUCUUCAGUAUCUCCAGGAUUUUCGGGUUUUUUUUAUUUAUUUUAAAAAACCAUUCUGAGAUUGUAUGAAAUGACUGAACAUAAAAUAUAUGUUAAGCUAUUUUCCUUUUUAAAAGGCGUAUUUUACCACCAGGAGGCUAGGGCAAGCUUUGAAAUCACAGCUGUGAAAUGGGAUGAAGUUCUGAAAGCAAAAUUGCUUCUAUAGAGAUUCUUCUCUAGGUUCUUUUAACCCAUAACGCAGUCCGAGUGGGGCUGAUAGCAUCCUGUGUUUGCCCUAUUAAUUUGCCAUAGUAAUGCAAUGGUAUCAUUAGAACCACCUCUGAAAAUCCUCCUUUAUUUGGUGUGAGGUUCUUGGCACCAUUGUGUUUUCCCCUACAAAUCAGUUACCACCCUGAUAGGGAAGUUGGCCAGAUUCCUCCACUUCAGCAUUAAAUAACUGUAUGUUUUGUUUCUUCAAAAGCACCGGAGCCAUUUUUUGAUGUCUUGCGGGGCCAGGUUGGGUAGCUAUUUUUAUUUAUGGGUGGGUUUUUAAAGGUCUUGUGGGCAGAGGCACAGCACCAGAUCAGUUUCCUCCAGUUUGAAUGAUUCCAGCAUUUUGGUUGCCUGUUGCCCUUCCUAUCACAAGUUGCCCUUCCUGCCUUAACAGUUCCCAAACACAAUUUUUCUUAAUAGCACCUGCCGAUUUGGCUGUUGUACAGAAAGCACAGGGGAACCCUUCAUAAUGAGAAUUCUGUCCUGAGGAAUCUGGCUUCCUUGCUGACGUACAAUCCUUUGCUCUGCUUGUGAGCACAUCCACAUUUGUUAAUGAGUGGUUGGUUUUGUUUUGUUUUUUAAUUAGCCUGUUGCCAGUCCACUUCUGAUCUACUGCUUUGUUUUCAACUGUGCUGGCUUCUGACUGUCCAACGCAUGGCUUGUAAAACAACUUUCCCACUGCACUUUGGUUGGAUUCAAAAGCUCGAUUGUCUAAGCCCGUAGAGUAGAAGAUUGGGGGGGGGGUUGUUUUGUUUUUUGGAAAAAAAAGACCACCACGGUAACAGCAGUGCUCAUGAGGAUUCUUAAGGCAGAGUGUGAGGCUUUCUAGGAAACGCAUGCUCUGUUUCACUCUUGGCCUAAAUGUUUUUAAGUGUCAGGGUCCCCAUCCAAAGUUGGAAGCCGGAACCCAGCACAAAUUGCACAAAUAAUAUGAGCUGGUCUCAAAGAUAUAAUGGGACAGGUGUAUGGCCCAGACAGCAUCCUAGGUGCUGGAUGAUGAGAUUAGGUAUUCACUAAUUUUCUGUUGUCCCGCCAAGAUCGCAGACCUCAGGCAAGCACCUUUAAUUGUAGCUAUAAUUGGAGAACAGCGCUGUUUUAUGGAAAUUGUUCUGUGAAGUGUUCUCUGCAUUUUCCCAAAGCACUAAUCACGAUUUCUUUUGAUUCCAGAGGAUUUGUGUUUUCUCAGUACUCCCAGAGAAACAUAUUUACACAGCAAUCUUUGGUUUCUCUCUCAAACACACCUGUGUUAAAUUUCCCAAACCCACCAAUGUGGUUUUUCACAAGGCCUUCCAGCAGUUCAGACUGCUACCAAAGAUCUGAAAAGGCGAAACCUGUUUUAAAAAUAAUGCAUUUUCCUUCCUUCCUUCCUUCCUUCCUUCCUUCCUUCCUUCCUUCCUUCCCCCAAAAUCUUUUUUUAAACUUUUGAUUUUGUUUCUUCAACCCAAAUAUCUACUGAUGAUUCUUGUGAGUUUUGUGUCUUAAAAAAACAAACACAACACAACAUUUUACGGACUCCAGCAUAGAAAUAUGGUUGAUAGUCUUCCCCUCCCAUCUAUGAUUCGUGCAUCUCGUUUCUAAAACUUGGCAGCAUAAUUCCAUCUUUCAAAUUCCAGACAUCAUUGUGGCAAUUGCUGACAUUGUGGAAACAACUCACUGUUGCAAUGUUACUGAACUUCCUGAACAAGCCAGGAGUGUGUGUUUGUGCUUGUGCGUGCGUCCUGCCAGCUUGUCAGUGUUCAGCACAGCUCUUGAAAGUAGAACCUUCCUCUAGGAAUGGAAGGAGGGGAGUAAAAGCUUGAGUGCAGUCCAUCCAACUUUAUUCCAGUGCAAACCGCUUGAAACGAAUGGGAAUUGUAGAGCAGCAGUGCUUGCUGCAUUGCAUGCAGUGUAUUUGCAUUUGUUCGAUCGUAAGUAGUGGUUCUCCGUAAGGGCUGCCUUUAAUCUCAUGCGCGUCAUGUUGUGGAAACUGCUUACUCACAGUCGCGCACCACUGAGGGGUGUACAUAUGUGGGAAUAUUUCAUCCAUAUGGACAGGGCUGGUUGCAGGGUUGUUUUCACCAAAUCAUUCUCCAGAUUGAAGCAUUCAGCCUCCCCAACUAGGUGGAAUAGCACCCCAGGGCAACUGUCUGCAUGCCUCUCUAAAUGUGUGAAAUGGACCUUAAUUUGCCAGCAGUUCGUUUCCCAACGUAGAGAAGUUGAGACCAAAGUGACGGUGCCAUGUUAUUUUCAUGGGAAGGGGCAGAACAGAAAGAUAAUUUGAUUCAUAUCACUUGAUUGAGAAUUUUUAAAGCCAAUAAUCAAAUCCUUCUAUUCCCCACCCCCCUUGUCAGUGUAUUUAUUAAUAACAUCAAUAAACCACAUUUUUCUAAGUUUGUCUUGUUAGAAGAAUGGCUUUUGCAUAGGAUGAGAGCUCCCUGUGUUCUUGUCUUCUGGUGUUCAGUCCCAGGUACUUCCUUCCUGUCACUUUAUAUUUUAUUACGCAUUGAGACAGCUGUGCCUCUUGGGGAAGGGUAAAUAAACAUUGCCACCUUCGAAGAAGGCCGAGUUCCCCUUCACUGCAACCAGCAGUGCAUGCUGAUCCAUAGAGCUAUAUUGAGAGAGAGACCUGGGUUCCCAUUUUUAAUUGUGUGCACCCAGUGAGGUGUCAGCCACAAGCCAGAUUAGCUGCAUAAAUGUUCAGAAGGGGUUCCCUUUGUUUGUUAGAUUAACCCUGAAGGCUUACAAUAUAAAGCAGUUCCCCAUGACAUGUGCAGAAUCCCCACUUUACUUGCACGAAACCUGCAAGUAAAUAGUAGCAGAUUUAAUUUUUCAAGCCUUCUGAGCUCAGCGAGUACAAAAAGGCACAAUAACUUCUUAUUGAGCCAAGGCCCCCCAGAAGCAACCAUACCCAUCUGUUAGCAUGGAUGGCUUGAUGCAAGAAUUAGCUGUGAUUGUCAAUAAUGCCUUUUCAGAGGCAAAUAUAACAGAUGUUGGGAAUAAACAGAAGGACCAUCGCCUCAGUGGGAGCAUCUGGCUGCUGCUUUUUGGGACAGAUUAAUCAGAUCAUAUUUUUAUUAUACAUAGUUUUGGAAGUAGUAAUGUGUAUUAACUCCCUGUGUAUUGACUGACUGUUUGGUACAGUACAUACAGUGAGUUCUGGAAGUGCACUGUGUCAUGAAAAUGCCCCAUUUUGUAAGGGACUCUAUUUUUGUGAUGAAAUAAUUGUCUGUCCUCCACUACCUGGUUGCUGGUGAUCAGUUGGGGUGGGGAGAGACAAGGGGCAGAGAGCUGCAUUUGAUGGUCAAAUUGCUAGGGUCAAUGGGAAGGGUGAGUGUUGAAGAAACACAGCGAGAAUUUAAUAGCCUUGUGGCCAAAGUCUGUUCUAACCAGAUGUGCCAAAUCCAGAAUUACAUGGAAAAUGCCAUUUUCUGUGCUCCCGCAAAUUCCAGCUACAGCAGCUCGCCCUGAUUACUGAGUAUGAAGAGUGCUGUUGUCAGAAGGCCAUUGCGAUCACUCUUAAUUUUUACUCUUUACCUUCCUCGCCUGUUGGAAAUCAUGAAAAUUCCAGAUGUCAAAACUUAACAGCCUCGCCAUUGGCUUCUCCUGUAUCUGAACCGUAUUAAGUUGUACACGGUGAAAGCUAUAUGUGUUGUAAGCCUUCUGCUAUAUCCUGUUGCAUAUUAUGACAAGCUUGUGACCAGCGUGAAGGCAACAGGAAUGAAGUUAACAUCUGCAACCAGGUUCUCUGAAAAACCUCAAGCUUUCGAGGAAUGCUGGAUCAACCGAAUUCGUUAGAUUUCAAGGUACAAUAAUGCAGCCACUGGUCACAAUUCUGAAACCAUUCCCAAAGUGGCUAUUACUAUGAACUCCAGGGGGGUAUUUGUUUCACCUCUUUUAAUCUGAAUAUGGUAGGCAUGGCUGGCCCAUGGUAUUAUGUGAUUCGACAGGUGUUGGGGAGGGAAUUGUAUGACAUGGUUGCUUACACAGCGAUGUUCUGUUUUAAGGGAGAAGGAGCAUAGUAAGAGCCCUGGGCUACCCUUAAUUUGUGAUCUGAUCUUUUGGUUAAGUUUGGGGUGAUUAGAGUUCAAAAAUAAUUGUAUUAGACAUAUUAAGGAUGCAGCUGGUAUUCCACAGGCUGGAUGUUUGAUAGUUAAAUACUAAAUUUCAUUCGCACUGAGACCCCUGCAGUAGAAUUGACUGUACCAUCCACUAUCAGGAAACCUCUGGCACAGUAACUAUAAUGUGAACACUUUUUAUUAAACAAACCUCACCAUUCUUGGUGUGUUUAAAGGAAUGUUGUGCUUUUUUUAAAAAAAAAAUUAGGAUAGCCUUCACAUGUGACUCCUCCUAAUUUCUUACUCAAAAAUUUAAAAGAAACACAACUUCUGAUUGCUGCAGUGCAGUUCUUCUCACAUUCCAUGUGAUGUUGAGCAGUUUUAAAAGCCAGCAUAUCUUCAAACGUCGUUUUUAUUAACAAGGCCCUCCAUUUCUUCAUAAAAAAUUAUAUUGGAUGCCCAGGUUGGAACCUUGCCAUUCAGCCCCCGUAACUAUAAUACAGCGAUAUCUGUAAAAUACUACUUUUAUGAUCCUGUAAACUGUGUUUUCACCUUUCCUGGACACUUGAUUGUGAAUAUAAUAAUGCCAAUUAACAAAAAGUAAAGCAAAUAUAAAUAUGUAUGUAUAUAUGUAGCUCAAUCUUUUCUUUUUCUGUCCAUGUUACAAUAUUGUGAUUUCGGCUAAGUAUGUAAUGUGGGGAAAUGGUCACGAAAAGAAAAGAAAAAGUUUCCAAAUUGCGGCUGUGAAGGGUCCUGUGGUGAGAACUUUGUUUUUAUGAUUUGUCUUUGUUCUUGCGGCAGAACUUAUUGUGAACCUUAAUUAAGCCCAGAAUAAUAAGCUGGAGAUUUCUUUGAGAGUCACUUUGUGAAUAAGCCGUUAUUAUAUAUUUGACAGGAGCUGUAAUACAAGCAGUACUCUGGGUGAAAUAUUAAGUUUUUUAGAGGAUUGUAUCCAUCCACCAUGUACCGUAGCGAUUAGAGCUGUGGCACAGGUGGUCCUCGUUUUUGCACUGGGGGUUGUGUUCCAGACACACACACACACACCACAAGCCCACUCCACCCCUUUUUGUGACAUCUUUAUGACAUUUUGGGGCUACUUCUGGGUUCAGCGCCAUGCAUGUGUGCGCAAUCGUGUGUUAUUUGGAUGUGCCUAACUAGGUCAUUGCCUGUAUAUGAGAUGGCUUGCAUAAUCAAAUGUGUCCAUGCCGCCACUCAAAGACUGGAAAAUCACAAUACUAUGUUUAAAAGACUUGUGUCUGUGAGAACAUAAAAUGAGCCCAUCUGGUCCAGCAUCCAGUUCCCAACUAGAUGCCUGUAGGAAAGCUGCAAGCAGGACCAAGAGCAUAAACAAGAGUGCCCUCUUCUCUCCCACUUCACCACAGGUUUCAGCAACAGAAGCAUUGCUGCCUCCAUCCAUGAAGGCAGAGCAUAGUUAUCAUGGCUAUGUAGCCAUGUAUAGCUGUAUCCUCCAUGAAUUUGCCCAGUCCUCUUUUGAAGGGGUUACAGUGGAGUGAUCCCGAGGAGCACUCACACCAAAUUGUGCUUAUAGCCUAUUUUCAUCUGGGUCCUGCUCUCAAUCACAGGUCCUUGGCAAGUGUGUGUCCUUAUGAUAUGUGUGUCCGAUUCAUGGUUUAUAUGUUGUGGUGUGUGCUUAAAAUAACUGGAGUGUGCAAUUUAAAUACGAGACUGGGAGGUUGUAAUGGUUCUUGUAACCGAGGCUAUAAAUCAGUUUAGUCAAGCUUGUGCACUCAGCACAAUGCCUUACCAGGUUAUUAGAAGAUUUCCCAUAUGUGGAAGGGGAGAAAUUCCAGGUCACAAGUGUGGUUGCACAAAUACAUUAUGUGUAUCUGACAUAAAAAUAGCCACUCUUGGAUUACUUUAUAAUUCUGUUACUGUUCCCCUAUAGUGUGGAAGGAUUAAAAACAAUGAAAAAAAAAACACCCAGCUGGUAACAGAUGGCAGUAAA